CCUUCUCUGAGCUGGUGCCCAAGGGUUACCUGACUCAGAUCCUCCAAAGCUGCCCUGAGGUAGAAGGCCUGGCUGGGGAUGUGGAGCUGGAGGAUUCUGAACAGUAUGACAUGAGUCCCAGGGAUGAGAGUGGUCAAGACAAAAAGAAAAACAAAGUCAGCAAGAUCUGGAAUUUUGUGAGUCGCAGAAAAGGGCCUUCCUGUCAGGGGAAGCGACCCCAGUCCAUGAUUUUAUUGAGAGACACUUCUAAGUCAUCAGAGUUGAAACCUAAAGUCACGUUAAUGGAUCGGAUGAAGUCUGUUAAGAGAUUGAAGCCUUCAAUUGGGUCCUCUAAAAAUACUGCUCCUAGGAGUAGCAAGCCCCAGGAACCCCAGGAGUCCUCAAGUAGUUAUAAUGUGAGGAAGGCUGAGCAGACCCCAAAGCCCCUCCGCCAUUCCUAUGCAGGCCACAUUGAGGUCCUGGAGCCCUUCCUUCCGGAGGUACAGAGGCUUGUACACACUCCCAAUAGGGAAAACCAGAAAGUGUGGACCUUCAAAGACUCUGGUAUUCAAGUGGAAGAAGAUCCUUGUGAGAAAGAGGCUCCUGAGCAGCCUAGCAGCAGAAGCGGCAGGUGGACUAGGAGCUACCUGAAAAACAUGUUCCCUGGGGACCGUGAGGCUCUACAAAUAUCAGCCAGAAACUCCAGAAUUCAGGAACUCAAGGUCACCAUAAAGGGCUCCAAGUUGGAAGGGAACGUGGAAGGAGGCUACGAGGAAAGUCCUGGGCACCUGCGCCGAGACAAGGCUGCACCUUUUGGUGGUGUUGUCAAGUUUUUCAGCAAUAUGGCUGAGGUGGCCCGCAAAUGGCGGGCAUUCUCCCGGGAAGAGUCCCAGAUGGGCUCCCAACGUCGCUGCCACCAACGCCACGAGGCCUACUUGGUCCAUGAUGGCCAAGGCUUCAUCUUGAAGCGUGCUGCUUCCCAGGACUACUCCAAGGUCAACUUGCCCUUCAGACCCCCUGAUGCUGCACCAUGUGGCAGUGCCAUUGGAAGGCAGCAGCACGGCCACCUCAAUGCCUCACAGGCCUCAUGUACUUUUCAAAUGAACAUUGAAGGCAAGAAGAUGCCAGGUCAAGCUUUGAAAGAUCCCUGUUCUACUGCUGCCUUGGCUUGGAUGUUAACCUCCACUGCCUUUGAAUUCCAGAAUGAUCCCACGUCACAGAAAGGCUACAGCUGCCAUGACAACUGUGCCUUCACCAGGGAGCACUGCUCCUCUGAAGAGCUUGAGGAAGAUUCUGAGACUGUAGUCAGCUUCCUCAAAAAAGAUGACAAUGCUGGAGAGUCCCCUCAGCUCAGCACCUGCUCCAGGAGGACUGCCACUCAAGCUGUUGUGGAGAAGCUAGAGGAGAACCUCAGCAAGAUGGAAGAGCAAGAGGCCAGAAGGGGCCCUACAAGGUCCAGUCAGGCAGGGAAGCCCCACAAGUCUGAUUUGGGUAUGGAUUCAGCAGAUACAGAAAGUGAAGCCAGCAAGGCCUGCUCUGGAGUUCCCAAUAUUCAGGCUUUCUUACCCCCAGAUGAACCAUCACCAAAAAAUCUACCCCUCAAAGUCCUCCUGGCAAAAUGUCAAUCUCUGCCUAUCUCAUGGAAUGUUCCUUUGGAGUUGGAUCAGAUGUACUGGAGGAGACCCAAGAAGCUUUGCACAGGUAACUUGGACCGGAGUUCCAAGACACUAGAAACCUGCAAGAACAUUGGUGGACACUGGAAGCCCCAGGGACCAGGAAACAAGCAAGUCAAUGAACUGAUCACUGGAGAUUCCAUCGUUAGUGCUGAGGCAGUAUGGGAUCACGUCACCAUGGCCAACCGGGAGUUGGCAUUUAAGGCUGGCGACGUCAUCAAAGUCUUGGAUGCUUCCAACAAGGAUUGGUGGUGGGGCCAGAUCGACGAUGAGGAGGGAUGGUUUCCUGCCAGCUUUGUGAGGCUCUGGGUGAACCAAGAGGAUGGGGUAGAGGAAGGGCCCAGUGAUGUGCAGAAUGGGCACCUGGACCCCAACUCAGACUGCCUCUGUCUGGGCCGGCCACUACAGAACCGAGAUCAGAUGCGGGCCAAUGUCAUCAAUGAAAUCAUGAGUACUGAGCGUCAUUAUAUCAAGCAUCUCAAGGACAUUUGUGAGGGCUACCUGAAGCAAUGCCGAAAGAGAAGGGACAUGUUCAGUGAUGAGCAAUUGAAGAUCAUCUUUGGGAACAUUGAAGACAUCUACAGGUUUCAGAUGGGCUUUGUGAGAGACCUGGAGAAACAGUACAACAAUGAUGACCCCCACCUCAGUGAGAUAGGACCCUGCUUCCUGGAACAUCAAGAUGGAUUCUGGAUAUACUCUGAAUACUGUAACAACCAUCUGGAUGCCUGCAUGGAGCUCUCCAAACUGAUGAAGGACAGCCGCUAUCAGCACUUCUUUGAGGCCUGUCGCCUCUUGCAGCAGAUGAUCGACAUAGCUAUUGAUGGUUUCCUUCUGACUCCAGUCCAGAAAAUCUGCAAGUAUCCCUUACAGUUGGCUGAGCUCCUCAAGUAUACUGCCCAGGACCAUAGUGACUACAGAUAUGUGGCAGCUGCUUUGGCUGUCAUGAGAAAUGUGACUCAGCAGAUCAAUGAACGCAAGCGGCGUUUGGAGAAUAUUGACAAGAUUGCCCAGUGGCAGGCCUCUGUCCUAGACUGGGAGGGUGAGGACAUCCUAGACAGGAGCUCGGAGCUGAUCUACACUGGGGAGAUGGCCUGGAUCUACCAGCCCUAUGGCCGCAACCAGCAGCGGGUCUUCUUCCUGUUUGACCACCAGAUGGUCCUCUGCAAGAAGGACCUGAUUCGGAGAGACAUCCUAUAUUACAAAGGCCGCAUUGACAUGGAUAAAUAUGAGGUAAUAGACAUUGAAGAUGGCAGAGAUGAUGACUUUAAUGUCAGCAUGAAGAAUGCCUUUAAACUUCACAACAAGGAGACUGAGGAAGUGCACCUAUUCUUUGCCAAGAAGCUGGAGGAGAAGAUACGCUGGCUCAGGGCUUUCAGAGAAGAGAGGAAAAUGGUACAGGAAGAUGAAAAAAUUGGCUUUGAAAUUUCUGAAAAUCAGAAGAGGCAGGCUGCAAUGACUGUGAGAAAAGUCUCUAAACAAAAAGGUGUCAACUCUGCCCGCUCAGUUCCUCCUUCCUACCCACCACCGCAAGACCCAUUAAACCAGGGCCAGUACCUGGUCCCAGAUGGCAUCGCUCAGUCACAGGUCUUUGAGUUCGCCGAACCCAAGCGCAGCCAGUCACCAUUCUGGCAAAACUUCAGCAGGUUAACCCCCUUCAAAAAAUAGUACCUACAGGGAGGCAGAUAAUUUUAAAAUAAAGUAAAUAAAAUUAUAUUUAUAGAUGGACCUUUUUUCGGAGAAGCACUGUUGAAAUUUAUAAAUAUAUAUAUGGACAUAUACACACACAGAGAGACCCUUGAGUGUACACACACACACACACACACACACACACACACACACUGAGAGAGAGAGAGAGAGAGAGAGAGAGAGAGAGAGAGAGAGAGAGAGAGAGAGAGAGAGACCAAAAACAUUUCCUGUUCUUUGGGGGAAGUGAAAUCUAUAGUUGGUAGGAAGAGGUACCAAUGACUUCUAAACAUGUGAUCCCUUCUUAAAAGUUUUUUGUUCUUGCUCUAUCCCCUUCCCUUUACUUUCAGAAAGUGACAUUUCUAUUUGUUCAUUUUCUUGUUGAGAUAAUCUCUUUACUCCCCUGAGUGAUUCAUUAACUUGUCAUUAUUACCAUAGAUGUGUUUAUAUUGUGUGUGUUUUUUUCUGUCCUGAUGAUACUGAUGCUGAUGACUUUUUAUUUAAUUUAAUGUGGUGGGUUUGGGAGUUUAGAAUUGUUUUUACUUUUACUUUUUGCUAUUGUAGAUAAAGGGAGGGUCCCCUUUCUCCUCUCCUUCAGCUGACCAUCUAUCUUCAAAUGUUUCUGCAGCCCUGUAGUUGCCCCAAACAGCCUUUCCCUGCAUCUUCUGUUCUAGGUGUGUGAGUCUGGAUGUACUCUGCUGUGCCCUGUGACAUAACUACUCAAUAACCCUAUUGUUUUCAAUGUGUUUUAGGUAUUGUAGAGGGAUCAAAACCAAACAUAAGAAAGGACAUGUCAGAGUAUAAUGAUGUAGGAGAAGACUUCUGUUCAGGGAACAUUCUGCAUUUGGGCUAUUUCUUCUCCUAGUACUGGGGUUUUCCAUGUUGCAGCACUGCUGAGUCAUGACGGUUUUGUAUCUGGGAUUUAGUUUCACAAAUUAUUCUGUUUUCAAAAUGCUUUGGUUAUGGUUUUCCUUCUAAGCCUGUCCCUCUCCUACCCUAAAAGAUCUGAACUAGAAGCAAACAGGCUAAAACUCUGCCUCCCAUGGAAGGGAUUCAAUUGUCUUCAGUAGCAAAUAGAUUUAAGAAAGGGCUCCCCACUGCAACCAUUUCCAGGGCAUGUUCAUCCCAGUUUCUAUUUGAAGAUUGUUUAUGCAGCAUUUAUAGGAUAAAGGGAUAAAGACAGAGUCUACCUAACCUUGCCAAGAUCAUCAACUGCCUGUAAAUUAUUUACCUAGAGAAGAACCAAUGCUGAACAGCAACCUCUUUCAGGAAAAAACAAACAUGGAUGGGUAUGGAAAUAGACAUCCUUGGCCUAAAAUAUGUACCUGCAGUUCUUACCAUUCAAGUUAUUUGAGACUUCCUUCAUUAUUAGCAGAUUGCAUGGACAAUCUUCCACUCUUUUCUUCCCCUCUUCCUAUCCUUCUUUUUCCUGCUCUAUUGGCACCAGAGAAUUGGUGGCAUGCCGUAGUUAAAGUACUUUGGCACUUGAAGAAGGCCCCAUUUCCAACAUUGUCCCAUCUCAGGACAUUUGAGGCAAAUAAGUAAGGAUUCCAGGGGGAUUUUUCCCUAUGAAAAAAAGGAUCUGAGACAGAGAUCCCAUACUUAGUCUCACUUUGGGGCAGGAUUUACAUGGUGGUAAAACUAACUUCUCCCAGAAAGAGUUCCCUGUGGGUACAGGAGUACUUGCUUCUCCUCACCACAUGGCCCCUUGGGUGGAUAGACAUUGAAAAGCAAGAAUAAUAGAGUAAAAAGAAGUAAGGAUUGGCCUUGCUAUGGAGAACCACUCUAGUGAGGAAUCUGGAAAUUAUGAGUCUGUUCAGAACCCCUAGGGAGAAGACUGCGUCAUGAAAGGACCCCAGCUUACUAAGCAGCAACCAUGGCUGCAUGGGGCCCUCAGUGUAGCUGGCUUGAUUGUUGCUCUAUGCCUCCUGACCCAGACCAGGCCCUACCCAGCCUGAGAAUUUUUAUUCUGUGGGAAUCAAACUACAAGUUGUUUUAGCUACUUCCAAGAAAGACUUGUGGAAUGAGCCAAUGAUAAGCUUGAGCUGGGCAGAGGCCAGGGCUUGGGACUGGUCACCACUCCUCAGUACAUGACCUAGCUACUUAAAUCCCCUUGGCAAGGAACCUGGUACCUAAUGCAUAAGAGAAAAAGACCUUUCUGGCAAGCAGAAUGUGUUUUAAUGACUGGGUAGGCCUUCCUUGAACAUACAUUUUUUCCUAGUUGCCAUUCCUCCUCACUACACUUGACACUGACAUGUUUCUCUAGGGUCCUGGAGCUCACCAAGAGAGGAUGCUUAGAUAAAUCCCUGGGCCUACAAUAUUUCUUGGCCAAACCCCCUUGUCCUUGUGCUCCCCAAGACCUGUACCCAGAGCUCCAGGAUCAGGGAUAUUGCCUCUCACCACCCACCUCCCAUCCAUCUAUCUCUCAUCCACCCCACCCACUGGCUUCACCAGAUGCCAAUGACUUGUGGAAACAUCAACAAAUCAGUUUCCCCUUGGUUGUAGUGUUCCCCCAGCCUAUGGCAGCAAAUCAAACCAGUGGCCAGCAGCCCCAAUGGGCCAUUAUCUGGGCUCAUAGUCCAGUCCUAUUUUGUGUCCUCACAGCAGUGCUAUCCAUAAGAACUCUGUAAAUCUUUGUUUCUGCAUGGCCCUGAGCUCCCUUUUCCUCAACUCAAUGAGGCCUGGAUUUGCUCUUCAAAAGGCUUUGCUAUUGUGUUCUAUGGGCCCUGCUGUGGGAUUGUCCUCACACAGAAACUCAACUCCUCUUUCUCUCUCCCCCUCCCCAUUCUCUCUAUUGUGUAUAUCUCUAAUGGAUUUAUAAGAACAGCAACAAGAGAGUUCUAACAGUUCUAGUGUAAAGCCAAAUAGUGAUAUUUUAGUGCUUUGGGAAUGGGGUGGGCUGGGGUGGUUGGAUGGGCAACAGUGAUUUUGAUUACCCCUGCUGCUCUGCAUUUGCCAGUUUAUUUUGUUUCUCCUAAUUGACUAUUUGACCCUGUCAAACAAAUGUCAAAAUUGUGUGUUUUAAAAAAAAAUGUUUAACAACAAAACUAUGAUGUUGUAAUGACACAAAGCCUUAUGAAAAUAUUUAUGGAGUUCAAUAAAAGAAGUAAAAAGACA